AGAGAGUUCAAACAAGUUUCUGACUUCCUGGAACAAGAUGGGACUGUGUUAAUUACAUAAGCAAAACGUAAAUGAUUCGCGGGAAAAAGCAAAAAAAUGGCGACCUGCACAAUCUGACUGCUUUUGAUAUAUCUGCUGCUCUUCGCUCAGCUUCAAGUACAGUGAGUGAGCUGGGUAUAUGAAAGAGAUUUGUCUAAAAUAUUCUGCAUCAGAGGUCAAGGCAGAGCGCAAACGUAAUUCCAGGUGCUAAUGGAGAGCGGUACGCUGGAUCUAGACAGUUACAGCACUUCCAGUCACGGGCUCCCAGAGUCCAUUGGAUCCACUAGGAAGUCUGGUAACGGGUGGAAGCCUAUGGAAACAAGCCUGACUGAAGGGCAGUAUGUUCUGUGUCGGUGGACAGACGGGCUGUAUUAUUUGGGAAAGAUUCAAAGGGUGAGCGCCUCUAAGCAAAGCUGUUUAGUAACAUUUGAAGAUAACUCCAAGUUUUGGGUUCUGUGGAAAGAUAUCCAGCACGCUGGGAUCCCUGGUGAAGAGACGAGAUGCACAAUAUGUUCUGGAACUACGUUGGUGUCGCAAAACGAAAUCCUCAUUUGUGGAAAAUGUGGGCUAGGUUAUCAUCAGCUGUGUCACCUCCCCCAGGUCGAGAACGCUCAGGAUACGACUUCAACGCCAUGGUUUUGCAGAACAUGUAUUUUUGCAUUGGCAGUAAGGAAGGGAGGAGCGCUGAAAAAGGGACCCAUUGCCAAGACGCUGCAGGCAGUGAAAAUGGUGCUGCCCUACAUCCCAGAGGAGCUUGAGUGGGACUCCAUGCACAGGACCAAUCAGCAGCAGUGUUACUGUUACUGUGGGGGACCCGGAAAGUGGUGCCUGAAAAUGCUGCAGUGUUUCAGGUGCAGACAGUGGUUCCAUGAAGCCUGUAUCCAGUGUCUGAAUGAAACCAUGAUGUUCGGAGACAGAUUUUAUUUGUUUUACUGCUGCGUGUGCAAUAAGGGAGUGGAGUACAUCAGACGCUUAACCCUAAGAUGGGUUGACGUUGUCCACUUGGCUGUCUACAAUCUGGGGUUACAAAGCAAAAAGAAGUACUUUGAAUUUGAAGAGAUUCUGGCGUUUGUAAGUAGCAACUGGGACCAUCUGCAGCUUGGAAAGCUUUCCAACACACCUCCCCACGAGAGAGGCCAGUACCUCCUAGAAGCCCUCAAUAGAUAUAAAAGCAAGUUUCUUUGUGGGAAAGAAAUUAAAAAGAGGAAAUGCAUCUUCCGGCUGAUCACACGGAUGCCCCCCAACCCCCCCUCCAAACUGUUCCCAGAGAAGACCCCCCACCCCUCGGAGGGCAGCGAGUGGAAGAAGAGAGGGAAGAGUACAAACAGCUCCCUGGCUCAGGAGUCCCAGCCCCAGAGAAAGAUGAAGAGGAAGAGGUCCAAGUGGUUGCUGGAGGAUGCCAUUCCAAGCAGCGACUUCACCUCAGCCUGGAGCACAAAUGACCACCUGGCCAGUAUAUUCGACUUCACUUUGGAUGAACUUCAGAGCUUAAAAAGUGCCAGCUCGGGGAGGACCUUCAGUGUAGACCUGGACUCCACAGAUGCUGCAAGCACAUCUGGUUCUGCUACAACAAGCCUAUCCUAUGAGUCACGGAAGAACGUUGGCAGCAGGAAGAGGAAGCUGAGGACCAAAAGCUACACCCUGCUGGCGCCCAGGAGGGCGGCGACAGAGGGUUACGGCAGCCAGACCACAUUCGACACAGAGGCCUCCCCCGACACCCCCGACAACGGCAUCGACAGCCACACCUUUGAGAGCAUCAGCGAGGACGACUCCUCCCUCUCGCACCUCAAAUCCUCCAUCAGCAGCUACUUUGGGGCGGCGGGGAGACUGGCGUGCGGGGAGAAGUACCAGGUCCUGGCCCGCAGGGUCACCCCCGAGGGGAAAGUGCAGUAUCUGGUGGAGUGGGAGGGUACCACGCCCUACUGACCCAUCACCGAACCCUGGGGAGCAGCACGGGAAACAAGGACUUGGAUUGGCAUCUUCUUCAUUCAGUCAUCCGUUUUAUGGGGACGUUACAGUAUUUUAACCUGCGGGAUAUGCCUCUUUGUUAGAUGCAGUAAACAGGUACCUGUUGUGCUUCUAUUGCAGGCGGGAUGUCUUUUGUGUUUUUUUUCCCUUAUAAAAGUUUAGCGCGGCAAAGUGUGGCGUGGCACAGAGAAAACAGGAAUAAAACAUUGUAAAGAAUAUAAAUAUUGUUAAUCGUGGUAAAAACAUGGGGAACUUUGGGGAUAUGAGACACGUUUACCAUAGAAAACUUGUAUGUGGGUUUAUACUGCAAUUUAUUGUAGCAUAACUGCAUGCCACGCAGGUAUAUUUCCGUGAAGGCAGUGAAAGGUUCAUUAUUUCACCAGUCCGGUAUUGCAGUAAGAUAGGGUACCGAUUGGUAUUGUAACAUGUACAGUACACAGUGACCCUUUCUUGCUUGAAGCGGCGAGUAGCACAGUAUUAGUAGGUUGGCCGUUGUUGAACUGUAUACGAUCGUGGCGGGUGUGCGGGAGAGCAGUUACUCUGUUGGAAAGUCCCUGCAUUUCUCAGGAUGUUAACUGGUUUGACUCAUUCUAGACUUGUGAUGCAGUCCAGUGACAAAUGGGUUCAGCCCAUCUGCUAGUUUAGUUCCAGUAAAUGACUCCUAUCUGAUACCUGUAGCAUUUUUUCCCUUGUUAUACGGCUUUGUUUCACACGUGGUAGCGAAUACAGGUUUCUUUUUUUUAGCUUUGCAAUGCAGUGGUUCAAAAAGAACAUUUCAGAGAAUGUAGCCAUUGGUGCAGAACAACUUAAUCCAUUAACAAUAGGCUUCCCUGCAGACAACAGAACUCACUGAUUGAUCUUCAGUGGCGAUGCAGACAGACAAGCGCAAUGCUGCAACUGUACAAAGAGGCAAAGGAUAUCUACAGGGGUAUUAGCCAUUGAUAGAAUGCUACCACAACGGUAACAUAUAUUUAUGACAUACCACUGGUAUCAAAAUGAACCAAUACACCUUGAUAAUCUAGUGCAGUAUCAUCGGACUAGCGAAUCAGGACCACUGUGCAAUACUUGUCCCACGUCGAUUGUGUUUGCCAUUGCUGGUAAUAUUGUGGUCUGCUAAUGGCUUCUUCAGGGUAAUACAUUGCUGUUCUAAGGGACUUGACUGUAGAUUAUUUCUUGGUCCAGCCUUAGUUUGACCCUGCAAGACGCUUGGAACAUUAAAUAGAGAGUUCAGGAGACACUAACCAGUAAAGAUUUUGUUUGGAUUUUUAUAGAAGUGGAUUGUAAAACAAACCAACGACCCAGUCACUAGGUAAAAAUCUAUGUUCCACAUGGAGCAAAUACAAAACUGUGUAACUUUUCUUAUUAAAGCAUCAACCCUAUUAAAAACAGCAUGAAAGACAGCCUGAAUUGUUGGGAUUGUGCUGCGGAGUGAAGGAAUAGGCCAGUGGAGUUUAACUUCAGUGUUAAAGCUGACCAGGACGGUAAUUCCUCCAUCUGCACUAGCAAAGCCAAUCAACGUUUCUUAUAAUACUGUCUGUGAUCAGAUCCACUUUCUAUGAACGCUACAGCAGAUUAGUUCUACUAGUUUACCAUGUGUUUAGCUGCUAGUUAAAACUCAACGCUAGGUUUAUGAACUGGCUGUCAGAUUACCCCAAUUUCAUGACUCGCACGUAAACCUGUAAAGAUGUGUCCUUUUUUUUUUUUUUUUUUUUGGUCCAAUAUGUUUUCUUUACUCCGUACAUAUAUAUUUGUCUUUUUGGUUCUUUUUUGUUCCCUCUCAUAUUGUAAAAAUUGGCAGAACAUAGUUGUGGAUGUACAUACAGCACAUUAGCGGUAGUGUAUUCGACCCUUUUCAAAGAUAAACAAGUUUGAAUUUUAAUGUGCAAAGUCUGGUGUAUACAUGUUGCCAGGUCUGUGGAUGAAUGACAUGUUUGUAGAACAUAACAUAGACUGGCUUGUCACUUUAUUAGGACGUUGUAUCAAAUACUGGCUUGGCUCACCGUUUGACACAAGGUGCUGGAAGGUGUCUCAAGGGAUGUUCAUCCAUUCAGUCGUUAGUCUUUGACGCAGUUGGUGUAGGCAGGGUGAUGAAUGUGUCGUUCAAGCUCGUCCCAUGCAAACUUAAUUGCAUUAAAAUGCAGGGAUUGCGGUGGAGAGAGGGCUUCUGUAGAACCAUAUUUUUAAGUCUGCUGGUAAAAGGCAUGGGAAUUGGUUUUACUUGGUGCUGCUGCUUGUUGUGCAAAAAAAGCUUACAGGUGAUCCGAAACAAGUGGAGAAUAGGGUCAUAACACCCUCAGGGGUGGCCAAGGAUUCCAGUCCUGGUCUGUGUUCGAACCCUGUUCUAAAUUGUUCAAUUGAACCAAUUCAAGCUCCACCCAGACCCUGCAGUUCACCUGUAAGACCUGGAGUGGAAUAGCCCUCCAGGACCGGGAUUGGCCACCCCUGCUCUAGAUUGUGUUUUGAGGUUUUGUGGGUCUCUUCUCCUUGGUUAUUAGCAGGUUAUCCUUUUCUUCCAAGGCCUGCGGUUUGGUUUGUUCUGCCUAGUGUUGCUGUCUUCCCAGUAGUGGGCUUAUUCUAACCCUUGAGAGGCUUGAUGGUUUCUAUGGAGAGAUGAGGCAGUGUAGACUCAACCCAAAUGAUCUUUUUAAGGAACUCACCAAAAUUAGAACGCUGGACAUGAGUACAGUACAGCUGUGAAAUAUACUCGAAUGCAUGCUAUUUUAUGUUUUUGUUCUAUAAAUUUAUAUUUAGAUAGUAUUUAUAUAAUCGCUCAUUCUGGCAAAUAAUAAUUAAGGGACCAAAAUAUUAUUCCUGUAUAAAAACACAGUUUGGCAUACUGUCUAACAGACUGCCGUUUACAUUAGGUUUGUAUUGUCUGUAUUUUUGCAUUGCAGCGAUAGUCUAGCCUUUUCUUUGUAAGUAUUUAAGCAGAACUUUACUUUUUAAACUUACAUAUCUGACUGGCUUAUCUUUACUAAUGUAUGCGUCUGGUAUAGAGUCAGUUUAUAUCCUUGUAUAAUCCAGUCAUCGCAUUCCCUGGCAUCUUUUUAAAACACAGAACUUUAACCCUUUCAUGCAUGGCGACCUAAUAUGGGGGGACAUAUGGAAGACACAAAUGUAUGAUGGCCUCAUAUGAGGAUUCCAUUUUUCCCCAUAUAAAGUGUCCAAAACUCCUUUUUUUUAAAAAAGCUAUUUUUAAUAUUUCAUGCAUGAAAGGGUUAAAGCUUCAUUGUGGCUUCAGGAUUGCUCUCAGAAUCAUGUCUCCAGAGCGUGUCUAUUAACCACACAGCCCUGCCCAAGUGCAUAUAAGAGAUGCCACGUUUGUUCUGUGUGGUGUUUCAAAGACUGUAAAAUGAUACUUUUGCAUUUCAGAACAUUUGAUUGGAUAAUAUAUCAGCUAAUCCCCCUUUUUGCACAUAAACCACAACUUAACUGCUUGCAUGUUUAGUAAUACUUUUUUUCGACUAAAUCUGAAAUAAGAUGUUUUACCGCUGACACCCACUAGAUGGUGCUAUUGCCUAAUUAUAUAUGUAUAUCCUUUUAAUGCAACAGUAACCAAUACUGGCUUGGUCUGAAAAUACCAUUUGGUGGCAAGGUUCUGGAAUUUAAAAGAUAUGCUUUUAAAAGCAGUAACACAAACACUAUCAUUUCGGUUAUCUGUCCGAAGUAUAUAUUUUUGAGCAGGUAAACACAACAUCUUGUCCAGUAGGAAGUCUGUUUUACUGCUUGGCCUUCUUUUGAAUUGCACUAUUUCCAAAUGCCUUUGACUAUGCAAAUUAGUGUAAAAUGAUGGUACCUGUUUCAUCAAAAUUGACCGUUUUCUUUGUUAUAUAAUAUUGCCCUAUUGUGUCUUAAUGGUUCACACCAGUCAUUGUAUUUGUAUGACAAAUAACAAUAUUGCCCUUUUCACCUUCCAGCGAAGAACGUAAUUCACUUAAAAUGUAAAUCAGUUAAACUGAAUUGAUGCUUAAAAGCAAAGAGUAUAUAUAUAUAUUUUUAAAUGGAAUGUACGCUGUUGACUUUGAGAAACUCAAUAAGGAAGCUGUUAGUGUCUUUAUUCUGACCUUUUUUUAUUUUUUUUCUUUUGACAUCACUGCUCUGACUGGGUACCUGAGACAUUAGCACUGGUGCUGUUUGUCAGGCGUAAUUUUAAUGAUUAGAAAAGCAUUGCUCAUUGUUACUGUUUUCUACAUGCAAAAAAUGACUUUCAAAUGUACUGUAAAAAUACAGAGUAAAACUAAUGAUGCCAAAAAUACAGAACCCCCAAACCCCCAUCUUUUUCCGAAACGCCAAAUAGAUUAAACUGAUAUUUACCACUCAGUGUAGUGAGGUAUUAACUCCCUCUCUAUAAUGCACAUAUAGUGAAGCAAAAAUUUAACAUUCCGUGAAUUAACCAUGCAUAAAGCACCAUGUAAUCAACGGUGUAUUUUUUACAAAAAAAAAAAAAAAAAAAAAAGGUAACAUUCCCACUCGUGGAUCGUUUUAAUUAGCAGUUUUUAAACUAUAAAUAGCCUGGCUAAACAGCGGUUGGGAGUUCAGUUCGAAGCGACAGAGAAGCCAACCAAGUGUGAGAAGGAGAGCGGGUUGGGAGAGGGGAAGAGGGAACGGGCUCGCCCCAGGUUCAGUUGCCGGAGCGGGGCUGAAGCGUCUCGUCUCCUGGAGAAAGCAGCAGCUCCUCUCGCAGCAAAAAAUGUAAAUACAUUAGGAAAGAUAACCGCGUAAAAGGCCUAAUAUUUAUUUAGUUAUAAAGCUUUUCUCCAGUUCAGAUACUGUAUCAAAAGGGAGAGGCAGAAACGGAAAUUAGACUGAGAAGUUGUUUACAGUUUGAACACCGGUACUGUGUUUACUGUAGAAAUAUUGCAUGAAUCACUAGUAUAGGGAAUUGGGGGACAUGCUGUAGGAGCGUUAUAUCCGAGGCCCGCUAUAACCGAGAGCCUUAUAGCGAGGAAGCACUGUAGUUCCACUAUGGUGUAUACUAUUUGACCAGGAGAGGGCAUCAGUGUACACAAAACUCUUAUUGUCAGUUGUACAGCUGAGGACACCAGACAACUUCAAGAUUUUAUAUAUAUAUAUAUAAUUUUAUCCCAAAAAAAUUGGGAUGUAAAACAAGAGAAUCUAUAUAUAGGCAGUCGUUAGCAGCUGCAUUGUUAAUUAUUCACUAAGAUGUGAAGAGCAGCAGCAUUAUGUCAACAUGCUUUUGAAAUAUUUCUAUUGAAAUCUACUGACGGGAGAUGCGUUGAGGGCUGUGCAGUUGAUACAGUGCCAGUUGCAAUCAGCAGUGUGCGUUCUUGUUCCGUGCGCCAGCAGCUUGCACUAUUAAACCUGAGCUUGGGAUAACAUGAUAACACAGGCUGCACAGCGGAGCGCGCUGACAGAUCGGAUUGUUUAAACUGCAGAGACAGGUGGUGUUCAAAUUCAGCUGCCAGUUUGUGCUCAGCGCUCCUUCCCUCCCCCCCCUGAUGUUAAUUAAUAACUGCACCUAAAUGAGUUUGUGUGCGCGCUUUACCUAAUCAAGGCUCCAGAGGCAUCAGAAACAAGUAAUAAAAUUAAAUAACGACAGGCCUCACAGAGAGCACGGAGAGCAAUUCCAGAUAAAGAGCUGAUAAAUGACUCUUCAGUGCGUGCUUUGAUUGAAGUUAUUGAACAGACAGUAACCAAAAGGAGGAGAACGAAUCCAUUUUCUCCAAGUUUGUUUUACAGAUACUUUGGGUCACUUUUCUGUUUCCUUUCUGGUGUUUUAAAGCAGAUGCACCUGAAGAGGUAUUAUUAACCAAGUCUUUCCUCAUAGUCACAGUACCACGAGUCCCUUAUCAAUUUGCUGUAGGUUGUUUGGUCUGCCUGUCGCUGGUAGUUUGGGACUAAACUAACACUUGGCAUUUUUAGAGGGGGAUGCGGUCAUUUUAACUGCAUAUAUCUUGCAAGAAAUCAUUGAAUUCCUUCCUGCAACUAGCUUGUUUGUUGCAAGUUUUAUCCCUUUCGAAUUCCCCGAUACAGCAUAUAGUGUCGGUGGAGGACUCAGGUGGGGUCUUGAGAUGCUGCACAGUGUAUGAAAUUGGACAGCAGUGCUCUGUGAACCGAUUAAAGAUCUUGUUUCACUUAGAAAGGUAAAUCUCACUAAUGACCCUCGCCUGUGGAGAGCCUGAUCCGGAUAAUUGAAUAAACGGACAGAAAACCCAGCGUGUACCCUUCCUGUGAGUCAAACCGAUCCACGGCAACUUAAGAGGCUUGUGUUAAAUUAGAGGAAAGAAUGUUUUUCAAUAAACCUUGGUUAAUACCUGAAACACUGCAGCACCCAGUCCACCGACCAGCGUAGGGCUUAAAAUUAAACAGGCAGGUAGAACUGAAAAGCAACCCCAGAACUCAUUGUCAAAGUGCCUGAACACAUACAAAUGAUUUGAAAACACUGUAUGUGAGUAAUUGCAAGGACCACUCCGUUAAAGUUAUUGCAGACAGCAAAUGUAAUUUGAAGCUAAUGACUCUUUUAAGCUUUAUAUUUAGGGCUACAGCAUGUUUCUUACUACAAGCCCAGGUUUAUGUAUUCUUGUCGACUUCAUUAUGGUCUGACAUUUAAAUCUCUAAAUGAAAAAGACGCUUUACCUAUUCCCUGAACUUCUCUGCUGAAAGGAAAGUAACACGUGAUUCUAUCUGAUAAGUUCAUUGUAGUGGCUGCUGUUAGAGAUAAGUUUGCACACUUUUUUUGUUUUUGUUUUUUGUGUCCUAGACACGCGCUUGCCUCUUUCUUAUUUAGUGAAACGUUUAAGAAAUGUUUUUUAAUGCUGCAUAUUUCAGCUAUGCACUGGAUAUCUGUGAGAUAAACCACUUUAGAAAAUUCAUAUUCUCGAUUUGCUUUCUGUACAUUGUUUUCUUAUUUCCGGUUUGCAAAAUAGGUCUAUUGUAUGAAAAAAAGAAAAAUUGUUACACACAUCCAAUGUGUUUGCUUUAUUAUAGUAACUAUACUUGUAACAUCAUUAAUGUAUUUCCAUUGUGCUAUACCAAAUAAAAAGCAACUUAACAUGUA